GCUGUUAUCACCAAUUCGAAUUCAACGUACCAGAUCGUCCUAAAACAAUCCAUACCGACUCCAUGUGACACUCCCCUCCCCUACAUAAAACCCCUCUUUCGAAGCCUCGAAAAGGGUUUAGUAUAGCAGUGCCACCGAGAAGCUUAGAACGGUCAUUGUCAUGGCUUUCAUCAGUAAGUUUGGAAAUAUACUCAGGCAGACUGCAACCAAACAGGUCAAUGCAGAAUUAUCUGCAUCCAGACCUUCCAUUUAUCAAGCAAUACGCUGCAUGUCAUCUUCAAAACUUUUCGUAGGAGGUAUUUCAUUUAGCACAGAUGAUUCAAGCCUAAGAGAAGCUUUUGGUAAAUAUGGCGAGGUCAUUGAAGCUAGGAUCAUUCAGGAUCGUGAGACUGGUAGGUCCAGAGGAUUUGGCUUUGUUACUUACACUACUAGUGAGGAUGCUUCCACUGCCAUCCAGGCCUUAGAUGGACAGGAUCUUCAUGGUCGUCGGAUAAGGGUGAAUUAUGCUACUGAGAGAGCUCGUCCAAACUUUGGCGGAGGCUAUAACCAAGGCUAUGGUGGUGGUGGUUAUGGUGGAGGUUAUGGUGGUGGUUAUGGCAGUAAUACUGGUGGUGGUUAUGGCAGUAAUACUGGUGGUGAUGGCUUUGGGAGUGGAGGAAAUUAUGGCAGUGGAGGUUUUACCAGUGGUUCCUACGGAGGAAAUGUCAGCUCUGCCAGUGGUGGAUUUGAUGGAAACAGUGGCACUGUUGAUGGAUUUGGUGGAACCUCUGGUUUGGGAUAUGGAGGGGGUGAGCAGUUUGGGGCAAAUGAAGGUAACAGCAUGGACAAUGCAACUGGAGAUACGAACUCUGGUGAACCUUUGGAUGGAAAUUACAAGGACGACUUUGAUGAUACUGGGGACUUUGCAAAAAGAGCAUGAGAAAAGCGGAGCCACCUGGAAGCAGAAGCAAGCGAAAGUGCUUCAAUCAGUAUUAAUAGACUGUCUAUUUUGAUAUUUAUUUCGCCUCUUGACCUUUUUCUCGAACUGGUUUAUGCCAUUUAUCCUGUUCUUUCUAUUAUGUCCAUUGGAAUUGUUUUUCUUUGUGACGUGAAAACAGACUUCUUCAAGUAGUUGAAAUUACUUACUUUUUAA